ACAACAGAAAGGGAUCGCGUUUUAAAGUUGGCACCGUUUGAAACAAGAUGGCUGGUGAUGAUUUGAGAAGGAAACCAUGGCAACCAUUUGAAAUUGACAACCACAACUAUCUGCUGAAAAGCGCUUUCACUGAAGAUAGUUAUGAGAUAUUAUGUUAUGAUAUGACCACAUUGUGGUAUGAAAAGUGUGAUAUGAAGAAUCUAAAAAAAAUUACCAAGAAAUUAAACCCAUCAGUUGAAAUGCCAUUACCAAGGUUACUGACUCACUUGGAGAGUACAAUAGAAUCACAACAGGAUACAGUAAAGUAUACUGUCCAGAAAACUGAUGAUAAUAAACUAGUGGUAUCCAUGGAUUCUGAUUUAACAAAGGGUGUUCCAUUUACAUGGCAAUUUCAGUGUCAAACAGCUAAUGCAAUGUUAGCGUCUCACGUCACCAUUCCUUUACUCAUCAUGGUAACAGAGUUACAAAGGAGAACAGAACAACUACAAAGAAUAAUAAAAACAAAGGAUAGCGAGAUUGAAGAUUAUAAACUUGGUGGCGCUAGAGUAUCUAGAAGUAAGUCCAUGUAA